GAUAUGGAGAGAAGAGUGCGAGACUCCUGCAAAGGGAGGGAGACAGCAGAGGAAGUGACUGGAAAAUGGGAAUAGAGAGGGAGACUGAGAAUCUGGAUGUUCCUUACACACACCGCACCUGCUCUGCGCGCACAGCAUCAAUCCCUGCACAGCACUUAUAAAUAUACAAAAUCACUGCAACUGCAUCAUCUGUACAAUGGCAUUUCACCUCUGCAUUCCUAGCUAUCUCUCCCUGAACACACAGCAUCCUCUCCCUGCACACACAGCAUCCUCCCUGCCCUCCACUCCUCUGCACUGACAACCACUUUACAUGCAUAUUCCUCUCCAUUCUGCCCACACAGCACCUCACGGCACGCAGACCAUCACUCUUCUGUGUCAUUUUGGGAGAAGGCCUGUAGUCUGCAUCCCACCCACCUGUCUUGGGAAUCUAAUGCCUCAUUUCUGUUCCCAGCAUUGCUGGACGGAGAACAUCAUUCCUGUUGGAAGAAGGUGAGCCAAGUCCGACUCUGGGCCAAAUCUCUCUCCGAUCCCUGGUCCCUCGAAGCAAACAUCACAUUUCUCAGGAUUUUCCCAUUGGACACAAAUUCUAUGCUACAUCCCGUCUUCCUGUUGUGAGAUUCUUGAACUACCUCUCAGAACCUUGAUCCCACCCCACCUCUUGGAACUCUACACGUCUGUAUUCCCGUGGACCUUAUGGUCUCCUCAUUUCCUCUCUACCCACUGUGGACUGCAACCUCUCAUCUAUCAGCACUCAUUGCUCCGUUCCUAGCAAGGGAGCAUGGCCUAUGCUAAAUUCCCCUCUUUCAGACUUCUAGCCUUGCUCCCUGGCACUUCCAUGAUCACUGUAGGACUUUCAUGAUCACUGGCUAAGUCUUGGGGGUCUUUGAAUUUGUUUUUAGUUUCUUUUUAGUACAGUCACGUCAGCGGAAGACCCCUCUCCUAUGGGACUUUAUGCCUUAAUGACAUUACCCGUGUCUUGCAUUGGCUGGCUGGGGGGAUAGAGAGUGCCAGUUGUCUCUCGCCCUCAAAAAGGAACGUGAUUGCCCCCCUGCAGAUGAGGCGGAAUCCCCCCACCCCCUCCGUGUGCCGUCUCCGGGAGAUGAAGAAGGAAUUGAGGAGGGAGAACAGAAUUGUGAAGUACAGGGAAACGGAUUGCUUGUGGUUUGUCUUGAGGGGGUCUUGGAAAGGAGUGUGAUCCUCCCCUCCCUCUGACCACAUCAUAUUUCCCUCUUGCCUCUCUUCAUCUCUCCGGUGUGAGAUACUAAGGAAUCAAGAGACAGAGUGGAGAGGGCUCGCCAGCCUGCUGCUCAGCUCGUGCUGCAUCCUCAUCUAUCUGCUCAGUCACCGUGGUAAACUGUACAGUCUGCCUGAAGGUGGUGUCAGCCUGGCUGCGCCUCGAUCCGUCUCCAUGAGGAGUAGAAGAAGAUGCUGCAACCUGAGCUGGGAGCUCGGCUCCUCCUACUGCUCCUGAGUCUCACCUCCCCUGGUGCCGCAUUGCUGUCAUCUCUACGUGUUGCUGCAAUUCUCGACGAUCAGACUGUUUGUGGUCGUGGCGAGCGGUUGGCGUUGGCCCUUGCCCGUGAGCAUAUCAACAGCCACACGCAAGGAGCGUCCAGCGGUCGUGUGGAAGUGGAGAUCUUCGAGCUGCAGAAAGACAGUCAGUACGAGACUACAGAUACAAUGUGUCAAAUUUUGCCCAAAGGGGUUGUCUCCGUCCUGGGACCCUCCGCCAGCCCAGCUUCCGCAUCCACUGUCAGCCAUAUUUGUGGAGAGAAGGAGAUCCCUCACAUAAAGGUGGGACCAGAGGAAGCACCCAAGCUGCAGUACUUGCGGUUUGCAUCCGUCAGUCUGUUCCCAAGUAAUGAAGACAUUAGCCUGGCUGUGUCACACAUACUGAAGUCCUUUCACAACCCUUCUACCAGCCUUAUUUGUGCCAAGGCCGAGUGUUUGUUGCGGCUGGAGGAGCUGGUCCGUCAGUUCCUAAUAUCAAAAGACACACUUUCUGUGCGGAUGUUGGACGACACCAAUGAUCCAACCCCUUUAUUAAAGGAAAUUCGUGAUGACAAAGUUUCCACUAUCAUUAUAGAUGCCAAUGCCACCGUGUCCCACCUCAUUCUUAAGAAGGCCUCGGAGCUUGGGAUGACGUCUGCUCAUUACAAAUAUAUUCUGACAACAAUGGACUUUCCGUUAUUAUCUCUGGAAGGGGUGGUAAGUGACCAUUCCAACAUCCUGGGGUUCUCUAUGUUUAAUAGCAGCCAUCCCUUCUAUUUGGAGUUUCUGAGGAGCCUCAACAUGUCUUGGAGAGAAAACUGUGAACUCAGCACAUACCUGGGGCCUGCACUCUCAGCUGCACUCAUGUUUGACGCCGUACAUGUCGUAGUCAGUGCCGUGCGGGAGUUAAAUCGGAGCCAGGAAAUUGGCGUGAAGCAGCUGUCCUGCAGCACAUCGCAGAUCUGGCAACACGGGACGAGCCUUAUGAACUACCUACGCAUGGUAGAGUAUGAUGGACUGACUGGACGCGUAGAGUUCAACAGCAAAGGUCAGAGGACAAACUACACACUGCGCAUCCUGGAGAAGGCUGGCGAUGGUCAUCGAGAGGUUGGAGUCUGGUAUUCAAAUCGUACCCUGGCUAUGAAUGCCACCACUCUGGACAUCAACAUCUCAGAGACCUUGGAGAACAAGACUCUGGUGGUGACCACGAUUCUUGAGAACCCCUACAUGAUGCGGAAGGCGAACUUCAAAUACCUGUCUGGCAAUGACCAAUACGAAGGCUUCUGUGCCGAGAUGCUGAUGGAGCUCGCUUCUCUCCUGAGAUUCAACUAUAAAAUAAAGCUUGUGGAAGAUGGACUGUACGGAGCUCCUGAGCCUAAUGGUUCCUGGACAGGGAUGGUGGGAGAGCUCAUCAACCGGAAGGCAGACCUGGCAGUCGCUGCCUUCACCAUCACAGCCGAGCGAGAGAAAGUGAUCGACUUCUCCAAACCGUUCAUGACCUUGGGGAUCAGCAUACUGUACCGGGUUCAGAUGGGCCGGAAGCCUGGGUACUUCUCCUUUCUGGAUCCUUUUUCUCCUGCUGUCUGGCUCUUCAUGUUGUUGGCUUAUCUGGCAGUCAGCUGUGUGCUGUUCUUGGCAGCCAGACUGAGCCCCUACGAAUGGUAUAACCCACACCCGUGUCUACGUGAGCGGCAUCACAUCCUAGAGAACCAGUACACGUUGGGGAACAGCCUGUGGUUCCCUGUGGGAGGGUUCAUGCAGCAGGGGUCUGAAGUCAUGCCGCGGGCACUGUCCACAAGAUGUGUGAGUGGAGUCUGGUGGGCUUUCACUCUCAUCAUCAUCUCUUCCUACACUGCCAAUCUUGCUGCCUUCCUGACCGUGCAAAGAAUGGAGGUCCCAAUUGAGUCAGCGGAUGACCUAGCAGAUCAGACCAAUAUUGAAUAUGGGACCAUUCAUGGUGGCUCUACCAUGACUUUCUUCCAGAACUCCCGGUACCAAACAUACCAGCGCAUGUGGAAUUACAUGAACUCCAAGCAGCCCAGCGUGUUUGUGAAGAGCACGGAGGAGGGAAUAGCACGUGUCCUAAAUUCUCGUUACGCUUUCCUACUGGAAUCUACCAUGAACGAGUACCACCGUCGGCUCAAUUGCAACCUCACUCAGAUUGGAGGCUUGCUGGAUACCAAGGGCUAUGGCAUAGGGAUGCCACUAGAAUCUCCUUACAGAGAUGAGAUAACUCUGGCUAUCCUCCAGCUCCAGGAGAAUAAUCGCUUAGAGAUACUGAAACGUAAAUGGUGGGAAGGUGGGAAGUGUCCCAAGGAGGAGGACCAUCGUGCCAAAGAAUGGACUAGAGAGACUCUUUCUGAAGGAACAUCUGUCAAUUUCAUCUCGUCUCGUUCUGGACUGGGAAUGGAGAAUAUUGGCGGCAUCUUUGUGGUCCUGAUCUGUGGUCUUAUUAUAGCUGUGUUCGUGGCAAUCAUGGAGUUUGUGUGGUCAACGAGACGUUCAGUGGACAAUGAAGAGAUAUCAGUUUGCCAAGAGAUGCUGAGCGAGCUACGCAGUGCUGUGUCUUGUAAGAAGACGUCUCGUUCACGUCACCGACGACGACCGCCUCGCCAACUGCACGGCAGGACUCUUCUGUCUCUCAGCCGGCCGCCUCGUGCUACCAGGGAGACACGCCUCUGCAAUGGGCGCCUCUAUCAGACCCACCAGCACCCUCCGGCACCUCCUCACCCUCCCCCUGCACCCAGCUCCCAGAGGGUCCCUGAGGACCUCCCGUCUUCCUCUGGUCGGGGAGGGUGUGCCCAUUUCAGAAUUUGUCAGGAAUGUCGGCGGAUACAGACUCUACGAGGUCCCCCACCAUUACCCAGACCACCCCAGUCUCCAAAACCCCCACCGCCACCUCCCCCUGAGGACCUCACUCCCCUCUCACAUCACCGGAGACUGGCGGACCCUCUAGAUGCCAGCACCCCUGAGUGAUGCAGGAGGUGUUAUGCAGACUGCUUGUAUGGACCUAGUGUGACAGGAGGAGAAGAAGAGGUACUAAAGGCAGAGAACAAGUGGGGAAGCUGAACCCUGGACACAAGUCCUUUCCUUCUGUUCCCCCCAACACUCUGUUUUUGGGGUAGGGAUCUUUAUGAAGCCUCCUCUGUAUUCAUCAGAAACACUGCGAUGCCUCAGUCUUUUACAAUGUACGCUGUGCGUGCGAAAUAAACUGUCCCCUCCCAAUACUUCAUGUGCUGUUUUAAACUAUAACAUUUGUUACUA